CCGCCCCGCCCCGUCCAUCCCAUCCCGUGCCAUCCCGUGCCGAUCCCCGGGCGGGCCGGGCAGCGGCGAGGGGAGCGGACGCGGCCAUGUCGCACGGGGCGCGAGUGAUCCGCACCGGGGUCAGCAGCGGGGGGCCCGCGGCCCCGCCGCCCGUCACCGUCGCCUCCUCCUCGGCGGGCUCGGACGCGGAGCUCAUGGACGGCGGCUAUUUCCGCUCCUGCGCCGGCAUGCUGAAGGUGGCUCAGAUGAUCUCACUGCUGAUUGGAUUCAUCAGCGUAAACAAUUCUCAAUGGACAGAUUACAGUGCAUACAGCUUCUUUCAGAUUGUCACCAUGUGCGACUUGGUUAUGAUUUUGUUCUUCUACAUCAUGCACAUUUUCAGAGUCUACAGGAAGCUGACUUGUGUUAGCUGGCCACUCGCGGAGUUUCUUCAUUACUUAAUUGGUACAAUUCUGCUUCUCAUUGGAUCAAUUGUAGCAGCAUCCAAGAGUUACAAUAUAACUGGACUUGUGGCUGGAGCGACUUUCGGGUUCCUGGCUACAAUACUUUGUGUUAUAAGCAUGUGGUCAUCCUACAAAGUUUCGUGCAUCACACAAUCAACAAAUGCAUCUGUGUGACUCCAUCACCUGUGCAAGACGUCUGCCUUACAGAACAGGAUACCAAAGAGGAGUGUCCACUACUGAGGAGAGAGCCAUGGGUAUUUCGUUACUAGCCUGGACAAGCUGGUAGCUUUGGAAGAUCUACUUGAAUUCCUAUGCAAAACAAUGUUGUGAACCAAAGUUUUUUUGCUCCCCCCACCUCCCCCCACCCAAAGAAGUUUAUAAUGGAGAACCUGCUUGUUUCGGAGAAAGACAACUUCUAUCUCUCAAGCUGGGCUGUGGCUGUUUCCAGCUAUUUGCAAUAAGUGUUAUUUAAAACUCAUUUGGACAGUCAUUUGGUUCUUCUUUCAGAGGGACAGAAAAAUUCCUUCUGAUUUCCUCCAUCUGUUUACACAAGGGAAAUCCUGCAAAUUCCUACUUGAUUCUUAACUUCAAAGGAUUAUACGUUUAACCAAGGAACAGUUACAAACUAAUUUGUGCCUGGAUAAGCUGACCCAAGCCUUUGUUACCUCUUUCUAUCAGAACUGCGGACUUUUUCUAACAUCAGCUCAGCCAGAAUCAAAAAUUAUGAACUGCAACUUGAAAACAUCAUUGCAAGCACUUCCUCCUAACCCAAACAGUACAUGAUGAAAUCAGGGAUUUUCUCCAUUAAUUUUUAGCAAAGAUUAUUCUUAAAAAUUUCCCUUGCCAAAUUCAGGAAAAUAUGCACCCAAGAACAUUUAAUAUUUGAUGGGGUCUUUUUAUUUUCUCCUUUUCAUAGUAAGACCACUUCAUUAGAAAAUUUCUGUGCAUUUGCUAUAAAUUAUUCGCUUUGUAAUCUAACAGUGUUUAUGGAAAGCCCAUUGUGAAUGGAGCAAUGUGCUUCUUUCUCCCUCUUCCAUGUGGUAUUAUCACUUCCUCUGCCUCAGCUGGAAUCUGUGCUCCUGGGGACUCUGCCCAGAGCCUGGACAGAUAGAACAGUUCAGUUUUGUCCAACCUUGUAUCAUAAUGAAAUUAUAUGUAACUUCAGUGCUGAGACAAUGCCUUCUUGGCACCUUUGUCUUUCCUUUUGCAAUCCAUCUCUGGUGAGCUGGGAAUUCUUUGCAGGAAAAAAGGAAGCAUGGGCCUUUCUUCCUCUUUUGGUGCUUCUCCUAUCAUCUCUAGAUGUCAAGUAGAACUUGGUUUAUUCUAUCAUGAUAACUGCAUGAUGGUGCAGCAGAAUUUGGGUUUAUACAGUUUACCAGGGACAGUCUGAAGAAAAAAAGCAUUUUCUGGCCUCCUGUAUAUUUUUCUAUUUGUCUGGAAUUCUGCAUCAAUACUGCUAAGUAAUAGUUCUCUCAGAAAAAAAUUUUUGUGCCUUAUGGAAGGUCUACAUAUAUUGCUAUUUGUUGCCACCUUUUUUUUUUUUUUUUUUUUCCUAUCCUAAUAUAUGUAUAUUUACUUAGAAUUUAUUUUUAAUUCUGACAACAGAAAAUUGGCUAACUGCUAAAGUGUCAAAAAUUUUGAUUAAGUAAAUGAAAACAACUGAGUAGAUAACUUGAAGAGGUAAGAAUCCACCUCCUCAUGGUGCACAGUUUCUGUGAUUCUUUUUGCUAUUCCUUUUCAAAAGUGUCCUGUUUAGACCAACACAGAGCAGGAAACAAUUAGAAAGCACAGAAUUCUGGUUUUAGUGGCUGAAGGUACAUACAUUCAUGCCAAGAUAAAGUGCUUCAAUAUUAAUACAGAGUAUUAUUCAAAUAAAUGAUAUAACAGGCAGGUAUAUUGUUACCAAUUUCAUAUUGGCUAUUUCUUAUUUUUCUACAAUGUUCAACUUCUGCCCCCUACCUUCAGAUGAUGUGUUUUGUGUUUAGUCAGAAAUGAGCCAUUUUUUUUUCUUUUUAACAACCAGAAUUGAGCAUAGCUCAAAGGCUCUCUGGCUUAAGAGAAUAAAAAUUCUUCUCAGCUGGGAAUCCAUUGUCAGCAGUGUCAGUGAUAGCUCAGCUUUUCUUGUGCUGCCAGCACAGGACCCGUAAAAUGGCUUUAUGUGACAAGAGACUUCAUUCUGGGCACUUUGAGUGAAAAUACCUACAGAAGAAGGCGCACACACACACACACACACACACAUAUAUAUACAUGUGUGUGUCUAAUUUUUUGCAACAAGGGUGCUUGAUCACCAGUCAUCCUGCCAAGACUGACUUUACAGUUUUUGGAAACCAGCACUCUAAUGACUUUAAUUUGGACUACUAUGACAGAUGUUUAAGGAUACAACCUCUCCUGUUCCCCUAGAAGAAAAAGACUGUUAUUUCUCCUUCACCUCCUGAGGUAUCACCUCAGAUUGACAGCAGGAACCUUCCCACAAGCAUUAAGCCCACUUGGCAAUCCUGUGGCAAGCAGUGUUCUGCUGCAGACAGUGUGAAUGCAGCUGAGACCUCAGCGCUGUGGUGCAGUGGGGAGAAGCACCUGCUAAGGAUUGGGGCUGGAGCCUGAGCUUUCUCUGCAGAAAAGGCUGUUUCCACUUUCCCCUGGAACCAUGCCCCCUCUCCUGGCACUAUACUAGCUUUGUUUUUCUGCCUCUCGCAUCACUCUGUCACUUGUCACCCAUAUGGAGAAAAAAAAAGUCAAGGGGAAUUUCAUGCAGUCUAACAACCAAAGAAUUUUUGAACUACAUUCUGCGGUCAUCCAAAGAAUAUCUUUUGCUGUAAGUGCACUUGCUUAUACCAGAUCAAGAGAUGUAAGUUACCAGUUCCCUUUUGGUUUUUGUGCCUGCUGACAGGGCUAAAAUAUUCCUGCAGCUUUGGCUAUUGUGAAAGUGCUGGGUCCACAGACCCACCAGAUGCUCCUAAUCAGGAUGCUCUCAGGCUGGAAGACUGACAUCUCUGCUGCCAAAGUUUCCUUGCCUUCCCCAGAUCCUCCUUGUGAAGCAUGUCUACCAAGAAAAGCACAGAUUUUCUGUUAUCACCAGCUCCACCGGGGGUUGGUGAAUGACAGCUCCGUCUGGCAGGGAAUUCAACACCUCUCUGCUGUACCUCUGCCAGCAAAAGUGUUUUAAGUUUCCCUCAGUGUCAACCUGGUUCUGAAAGCUCCAUCUGUCUGCAACUUUGUCAAAUAUGGGAUUCCAGAUGUUUUAGAAAUAAACUCUGUUAGUUGUUUGGGUGAUGUGGAGAAUAA